AUGAGGGUCACCUUAGGUCAACCAGGCUCGGGUGUGGGAGGCGCGGAUCGCCUGCUUCCUCUGGCGAUGUCAACAGGAGGACUGCGACAGGAAGGUACAGCUUCCGUUUUGCCAACGAACGGAUGCGAUUUUUAUGGCACUAACCUGAUUGAUAGAUGCCACAGGCUCUUCCCUGAUGGAGGAGGCCAUGGUGGAAGCAUAUCGGCUGGUGGUGACCUCGCGCAUAAAGUCUGUUUCGGAGUAGGAGUACCCUCCACAUUCGGCCAUCGCAGCGGCUAUGGCUGGGUACUGAAUGCAAUGACGGCUGUGAACAUGAUGGAGAGUGUGGGUGUAGACAUCAUAGACGAGAUGGAAAUAUUGGACGAGACAGAAAAUGAGCCUGAAGACAAACAUGAAAGUCAGAAUGGUCAAGACGAUGCUCCAGUAAAUGAAGAAAAGACCUCUGCCGAGACCUUUUCACAUGAGAAUGAUCAGUUAUUCCAAGAGGAGGGAGUGAACUUCAUGGAGAGUGUGGGUGUAGACAUCAUAGACGAGAUGGAAAUAUUGGACGAGACAGAAGCAGAGGCAGAAGACAAACAUAAAAGUCUGAAUAGUAAGUAAAAGUAUUCUAGGAUUCUUUUUU